CACGUUCCGUUUGCCCAGACACCUCAAGCAGUACGGAGUAGGAUGCUUCACGAACUCUUUGCGUUCCUUCCCGUGGUGGACCAACACGUCCACAAUGUGAUUGAGAACCCCGGCCAGAUCCCACUGCACCACAUCUUGGCCGAGACGUCCGACCCCACCGUCCUCGCCGACCAUGUGCCGCACACCCUGUGCUACCUGCGCACGUUGCACGACCUGGCCUCGCUCUUUACCUGUGGCGCCGACGAAGUCGAGACCGUCCGUCAAUCCAUCCCAGUCGAGCAACUGGCCAUGCUCAGCUACGUCAACGUCCACGCGCUGCUCAUCGACGACGGCUACCAGCCGCGUGGCCUGGUCAACUACCCCCUGGAAUGGCAUACACAGUACGUGCCCGUGGUCAAGCGCAUCUACCGCAUUGAGGUCGAAGUGUCCAAGUUCAUCGACGACGUGUCCAACCCAGCCUACGACACCAUCGACGGAGUCCGCGCCGCGUUCGAAGCGGCCGUGCGCGCCGACCACGGCUCCAUUGUCGGGCUCAAGUCGGUCGCGUGCUACCGCACCGGCCUCUCCAUCCAACCCACGUACGACAUCGCCGCCGUGGCCGCAGUGUACGCCACGAUUCGAGCCGACAUCAAAGCCCAAGUCGAUCCCCCUCCAUUUCGACUCAUGCAAAAGACGCUCAUCGACUACUUGAUCAUCGUGGCCCUCGAACUAGCCCUCGAACUGGACAUCCCCCUGCAGUUCCACACAGGAUUCGGUGACACCGACAUGCAGCUCGAGUGGGGCAACCCCACUCUGCUCAAGCCCCUCUUGGACAUGCCGCAGUUCCAACGCGCCAAGAUUGUGCUGCUGCAUUCAUCGUACCCGUAUUCGCGGGAGGCAGGGUACUUGGCUUCUGUAUACCCCCAUGUAUACGUGGACAUGGGACUGGCGGUGCCGCGGCUGUCGCUGGAAGGCAUGAAGUCGACGGUGGGCCAGUUGCUCGAACUGUGUCCCAUCUCCAAGUUGCUGUUUUCGUCGGACGGGACGAUCACACCUGAGACAACGUUCAUUGGCGUCAAAUGGGCCAAGUUUGUGCUGGCAGAGCUGCUGCAGGAGUGCAUCACUGCGAAUGAAUUGACAGUCGACCAAGCACUCGCGUCGGCCAAGAAGAUUUUUUUCGAAAAUGCCGUGGCCCUGUACCACUUGCCCGUGCCUGUCUAUUCAAUCAUCAUGCCGUCGGACGCUCCGUCGGUGGUGGGGGUGCCAGGAGGAGUUAAAGUCGUGCGGCUUGUCUGGUGUGGCAAUGAUGGAGUCUUGCGGGCCAAAUGUGUGCAAGCCCAUCGCGCGUUCACGCGAGUGCAACGGGAAGGUCUCGCGCUUACCAGUGCUGUCCAGGGAUUGAUGGCAUAUGCCGAUAUUUUGGUGCCGAAUUGCGGCCUCACGUCGUCGGAAGACCUGUGGGUGAUGCCGGAUGUCUCGACCAUCAUUCAACUCCCCCACCACCCGAAACAUGCGAUGACGUUGGUGCACUUGAAAGAUCGUGAUGGCGGCACGUCGCUGUGUCCUCGCUCGACCGCCCACCGCCAAGUGGAGCGCUUGAAAGAACUGGGCUUGGAUGUGUACUGUGGCUUUGAAAACGAAUUCAACUUGUACACGGCGCAAAACGAGCCCGUGGACUCGACGUCGUACUGCCAAACGCUGGCCAUCAACCAAUCCGCAACGUUUCUGGACGACUUGGUCGAAGCCAUCGCCGACAUUGGCGCGCCACUAUGGCUAGUGCACCCCGAAGUCCGUUUUCUUUUUAGCAUUCAAGGAAUGAUACUCACUGAAUCUAUAUAUAUAUAUAUACCUACCUGUAGGCGUGCGUGGGUCAGUUCGAAGUGACGUUAACCAAACUACUGGCAAUGGAGGCUGCCGACAUGCAGCUGUAUUUGCGGGAAAUCAUCAAAGGUGUGGCAUUUCAGAACGGAUACCAAGCGUGUUUUCUGCCGAAACCGUUCGAGAUGCAAGCUGGCAACGGCGCUCACUUGCACUUGAGCUUGUGGCGAGGCCACGACAACCUUACCACGGACCUGCCGCCCCUCGUCAAGCACUUUAUGGCUGGCAUUCUGGCGCACUUGGACGGGAUUCUCGCUGUAAGUUGCGCCACCGUCAACUCGUACGCCCGCUUGGCCCCUGGAUGCUGGUACAAACCCUAGUCAUACAUGUGUAUUUGGAGGGUUUAAUCCGUUACUGGUAUAGUAUUAUUGGCUUUUUAGCUAAGAGUAUGUUUUCUAUCGACAUCUAUUGAUCGAUUUUUCAGAGUUAUCAACAUGUAUAUAUAUAUACAUGAUGCUUUAAGUUUACAUGAUGUUUUUUGAAGAUUGGUUCCUUGCGAGUGGUAUGUAGAAUGAAUAGUUUAGUAGAACAGGAUGUUAUGUCGUACGACUAUCGAAAACAAUAUGUCGUACCGUUGUACAUGUAGUUCAUUCACUAAUUUGGACAGUUUAAUUACAAAUAUUCGAAUUGUAUAAUUAAUAUGCGAUUAUAAAUUGAAUUCUACAAGUAUAUUCACGUUUGAUAUAUUAUGGGGGCCGAUCAACGACAAAUACAGUAGUACGUGUUGAUUGGAUGACGUGAAAACUGUUGAACAACCUGAUUGGCUAUUAUUAUUCUUGUGCUCAUUUUCUUGUGUCCGUUAUUUUCAUCUAAACACAAAUUUUUAACAACCCUACUUUGGAAUAUUUUUUUGUGUUUAGGGCGGGGGCGUACAAUUGCUGGGGAGUGGACAACAAAGAAGCAGCUAUUCGAGUGUGCACCACCCAUGACGGAGGGUACAGCAACAUCGAGUUGAAGACUGUGGACGGCACGGCGACGCCCCACUUGGUCCUUGCUGUGGUGCUAGCUGCGGGGCUGGAUGGCAUCCAUCGAGAGCUGGAGCUGGCCGAGCCAGUUCACGGAGAUCCCCAUGCGCUGAGCGACUUGGAGAAGGCCCGAUGCAAGGUGACGCGUCUGCCCACAACGCUCGGCGCCGCCCUCGACGCAUUUGAAGCCGAUCAGGUGUUGGUGGACGCCCUUGGCGCACGGCAAGCUCAAGCGUACGUGGCCGUCAAGCGAGCCCACUUUCUCCAGUUUCAAUCGACGCCGCUCCCCGAGUUUGUCCAGACGUUUCGCACAAAGUUCUAGCCAUUCGUUCGUCGUCGAUAACAAUCAGACUGUUUUGAUGGACAUAAUACGUAAUAUAUAUAUAAAAAUUUCUAAAGAGUC